AUGUUGUUUGCACAAGAGAAGAGGCGAUGGGUGGCCGCCGAGAAUGCGAAUGAAAACAACCAGCGAGUGAGCAGCCGCCUGGGCAAGCUGUGGCGUACUCUCGGCGCAGCCGACAAGGGGCCCUACCAGCGCAAGGCGGCCGAAGCUGCCGCCGUCCACCGAAGGAAGUACCUCGACUACCUGUACAAUCCGCCUAAGGCGCGGCGCCGCAAGGAGCCGGAGCGCAGCACCAAGAAAUUUGCAGGCAAGACAAAGAAUGACAGUUCCGGGAACCAGGAGCAGCAGCCGAGCCCUUCCACUGCCGCUACCCAUGGUCGAAGCACCCCGGAGUUCCAACAGCAGCGGGAUAGAUCUGGCGCCAUCGCGGCCGCAGCAAAGGAACAAACGCUGUCCUUCCUGGGGUGGCACCUCGGGCACCGGUCAGAAAACACCGGUCCCUAUACGCAGGUGACCACUGUCCCGGCCCCAGCGUCGGAUCACUCGGCUGCGUGGCCCUACAAUGUGCACCGGUUCCACGGUCCUCUGCCACCGUCACCGCGUCGGGCGAACCGAGGCAGCGCCGCGAAAUUUGAAGCAGCUCGGGCAUUCGGCCAGUCCAAAGGCCACACGCCCAAUGGAUGCAAAUAA